AUGCAAAUGCGCAACGACGGCGACGGCGACGAGUGCACGGGAGCCGGCGCGGGCGCGUUCGGCUGCCCCGCGUGCUCCGCGACGCUGCCGUCGCAGCACGCGCUGACGCUGCACCUGCGCUCGGAGCAGCACCGCGGCGCCUCGGGCGCGCCCUUCCCCUGCGGCGUCUGCGGGAAGGCGCUCAGCUCGGCGUCUUCGCGCGACCGCCACGCGCUCGUGCACUCCCGCGAGCGGCCCUUCCAGUGCCGCGUGUGCGGCGUCGCCUUCACCACCAACGGCAACAUGCACCGCCACCUGCGCACGCACGAUGCGGCCCCGGAAGCCUCGCCCGCUUCGAAGCGCCGCCGCGAGUCCUGCGGCAGCAGCAGCAGCAGUAGCGGCGGCAGUAGCCGCGCGGGGAGUACCAGAGGCUCGUCGCCCCCUUCUCCGACUGUGUGCAACAAACGCAAGGUAGGUUUCAGCUCGGUAGGAAGCUGA